UUCGCGAGCAGGGUCGUAUAGAGGGGUCGCUCAUCACAAAUAAACUAGAAACGGUAGUCCACUACGUUACGUCUCUUAUGGGAGAUAUAAGCAGAAUACAAACAACAUUUUGGUCAUGGAAUAUUUUUACAAGAUGUAACAAGGAAGGAAAAAGGAAGGAAACGUUUUCAAUACUGGUAUUCAAUGCAAUAUAGAUUACUGGAAAUUUGUACGAUUAUGCAAUUUGAAAUGCAAGAACAAACUUCCUUUAUCUUAAUAGAUAGCAGGUUUGUUCUUGUUGCAAAAUAUUGAAUUACUGUACAUCACUGAAGAUGCAAUUUACACCCUUUCUUUCCAUCUGUUUGCAACCUUGAAUUAAGAGACAAAAAUGGGAGAGCUGAAGGUAUGGGUUGAUGGUCUGCAGCGGAUUGUAUCUGGAAUCAAUGACAAAACCACGUGCCAGGAUGUUAUAAUUGCAUUAGCGCACUUCAUGCGGCAAACUGGACGGUACACGCUUGUUGAAAAAUCAUCCAGUCAUGAACGACCCCUGGAACCACAUGAAAACCCUUUGAGGAUUAUGUCGCGAUGGAGUGGUGGAAGUAAUCGUUUUAUUAUGAAAAGAACUGGUGAUGUAAAAAAUGGUGCUGAAAAAAGCGCAGGUAAACGAAAGCCCUUUAGACUCUGUGAGAAACACCGGUCGAUGGAAAAUUUAACACGACCGAAGGAAACGACGGUCAAAAGAGGAAAUACGUUUAGUGGAUCCUGGAACAGUCAGGUUUUGAGUAAAAAAGACAUUGCCACAUCAGAAAGCAAACCUUCUGCCAUUGAUCUUGAGAAACUCUGGGAACUUGUGAGAGAGCAGGAACAAAUCUUAGAGGAGCAGUAUGAAGAUAUGGAAGACUUAGAUAUUGAUAUCGAAGAAUUAUUGCCAUAUGAAAGUGAUCCACCUACGAUUGAGGAUAUUGAAGAUCAGAUCAUCCAAUAUGAACGCACACUUAAAAAGAAUGAGGCACGUUUAGAAGAGGAAGAGUUCUGGGAGGAUGAGCUGGAGAUGGAGGAAGACGAGAAAAACAGCCUCAUUGAAAAGUUGAAUAAAACCAAAGAAGAAAUCAUAGAAUGUGAGAGAGAAAUUAAGAACAAUAAACAAGAAAUAAAACAAUUAAUGAAACUGUUAAAAGCAGAAAAAGACUUGGUGGACAUAAAACAGCUGGAUGAUAAUAAUAUGAAAAUAGAGGCAGAGAAAAGGGAAUUGCAUGAGGAGCUUGAAGCGCAGGAUUUUGAAAGUGCUGAGUAUGAGCAGGAACUUGAGGAACUCAAUGAAGAGUUGAAAUUAUUAGAAGUUGAGUUCAAGAGAAAGAUUGAAGAGGAAUUAAAACUACAAAGAGAUUUAGAAGAAUUAGAGAAACAAACACCAGCUGAAAAAUCUGAAGAGGACCAGAAGACAGAUGACAAGACUGAUGACGAACCAGCAAUUCCGAUCAAACCACAGAAGUCGUCAAGCAAUCCAAUUGAAUUUCUACGUGGAGGAGUUUUGCGACGUCUCAAAGGGAGCCCCCGUGAGUUAAGUGUUAGCCAAGAUGAGCCGGAGGGUGUGUUUGUGUAAAAGAUGCAUCUUAGUGAGUCCUUACCUGUCUUUUCUAAUUCAUGAUGCAUGUACAGUAACUGUUCUCCACCACCAAACAGCUUUCAAUACUUUGAAUUGUAGAAUACAAAUUUUUUAAGGUUUGCUUGAAAAUAUAGUUGUGUUUUUCAAAAAAAAGCCAUGUUAUUUACUUCCAAAUAUUGUCUUUUUAGUCUUUGCAAAUUAAUGUUUAAAUUUACAGAAUCAAUUUAUAUUUGAUAUUUAUCUCAUAUACUGAACCUAAUGAACUUUGCUACAUAUAUGAAAAUUUUCAUUAUUAGAAGAUGGAAUUUCAAUAUUACGUCUUGUACAUCUUUGAGAAAAUUGGUUGUAUAAAUCUUCCAGCAUGGUGCCCCUUCCUACACGUCUUCAAUUUAUGGCCACACUGCUUCAUGUUGAAGGCUACGCUUUGUGUGUAUAGCAAUAACUCUUGAUUCUGUGCAUUUGCAUAGCAAAGACAGUACAGUAUAUUCGGAGGAAACAAAAACUCUUGUUGAUUUCCAUUUAUUUUAAAUAAAGUUAAUACUUGUUGAUAGUUAAUACGCAAUUUUAAGGUUUUUUCUAGGUGCUGUACUUGUUCCAUUGCUAAUGCCAAUGGUUUCAUAUAUUUUAUCCUCUUUUUAUCAGAUUUACUGUAAAAAAUUGAAAGUUUGUAAUAGAAAAGUCAACACAUUUUAAGCAUUAUUAUCAGGUUGAUAAGGUGUUUAAUUUACCAUAUUUGGUAGGCCUAUACCAUUAAAGCAAAAUAGCAAUCAGAAGGUUUUCCAUUCUGGUGAAUUAUGGUAGUUAAUAAAUGUGGCCCCGAAAAAAUAUCGAUGUUAAAUGAUCAUUGUUCUAUUCUUUUUAAUAACCUUGCAACUCACAGUUUUCAAAGACAUACAAUUUGUGCAAUAUACUACAGUGUUGAAAUGAGAGCAUGUGUUUUAUCAUGGUUUUAUCUCCUGCCUAAAAAUAUGAAUUCAAAGCAGAUGUUAAAAUUGUAUGAAUAAAUUUAAAUUGGAAGCAGUUUAAUGAAAACCAAGUAGUUUAGCUUUUGAAUAUGAUGUCAAACCUCCCCCUUGCUGAGUUCAAAAUGCCUGAGUGGGUUAUUGUAAGCACAUGGUUUUAGAAGAAGGCUCUGGUGUUGUAAACAAACUGCAAAACUGAAAUAAUAUCCAUAAUUUUUAUAAAUGACAAUCUAGUUGUUUUAUGCCUUCACUCCUCGUCACAUACCACCCUCCCUCAUCCCACCUUGUAUUAUGACUUAUUGUAAUAUUUAAAUAAUUACCGGAAACAACAUUUCCGAAUAUAAGAUUAUGGUGGUAAUACUCUUUUUUUUUUGCAAUGUCUUUCUAACAAUGCAAAUGUAUAUUAUGAAUGUCAAUCAGUCAAUCACCUAUCAAUCAACGAUAUGAUCCAGACUUUGAUACUAAUGUUAUUUGUUCUAUUAUUUUUGUUAUAUUUUAUUUUAUUUAGCUCACAACAUGCAAUAAACUAUAAGGUGUAGGAAAUCAGGUGAAAGUACACAAAUUCAAUUACCAACUUAAGAAAGUUGGAAAAUAUCACCUUGGUUCAAUUAAGGCCAGCUGUCUUGCUGUUAUAGAAAUAUUUUUAAGCCUUCCAAGUUUCCACACAAUGGUGAGGUUUCUGGUAAUGUGCCAACAUACAUAAAUAUAUAAUAACAAGAAUACCACUUAACAUGUGAAAUAAAUUUAGAAAGCUCUGCCUACACCCUAAAGUUCUAUGUUGAAAAAUGUAUGUGAUUUCAUAUAAUGGGUGUGAUGAUAUCAUAUUACAUUGAUGGGCAAAUCACUAUCGUUUUUGUAACAUACAACUUGUGUGUGAACUCACUUUAGGAUGCUUCAAAAGCAAUUCCUCCUGAAUUUGAUAAGUGUAACCUUCAUUUAAAAUGUUUGUUUUAAGAGAACUUAUUUUCAGGGAUGUAUUUAUUAUGUAGUUUACUUUAGAUAUAAGCUAUAAAUUAGUUUUGUAAAAUUAAUAUAUUAUUAAGAAUGGUUAUGGUUUAUUAUAAUCUGACAGAAGGUUAUUUUUAAUUACUAAAUAUUUGUGCCUUUUAAAAUGAUUUAUUUUAACUUUGUCCACACUUUCAAAUUGGUGUAGAAAUUACAUAUUUAGACAUAUAAUGGGAAAAACACAGAUACUUGUUUAAGCCUUUGCACACUAUCAAUAUUUAUGUCACAGAUACUUUUGAUAUUGAUAGUGAGUGGCAUUAUCAUGCCCAUAUUUGGGCAACAUAGAAAAUUUGAUUGUGUGGACAUAGCUGUACAGAUGUCAACUAAGUUAAUUAUGUUCACCUGCUGCAUCCUGUUACUGUAGACUUGCAUGCACAGGUGUUUAAUUGACAACUAUUAAUGUAAACUGAUUUGAAAAUUAAUUUAGACUCUGUAAACCAAAACUUUAACUUACUUUGCUACGACUCGAACCGCAUUGCCUGACGAAGAUCCGAUGAUUGGUUCAAAACAUAGAAAAGUAAGUUGAAGUUUUGGUUUACUCUAAGCGAAUUUUCAAAUCAGUAUACAUAAAUAGAAACCAAAUGAAGUUAUUUGAACAAUUGUAAAUGUAAAUGUACUCAUCAUUGUCAUUCUUGGUGGUCGUUAUUAGUCUAUAAUGUGAUAACAUGGUAUGUUACCAUCAUAGUAAGAGGGCCACCAUCAGUAGUCCAACUUCCCGUUUGUAUUGUUAUUUGAAGAAUUUGUUUCAUGUAAAUCAUUUGACAUUUAAUAAUGUUGAUAAUCAUUAACCAUUUAAGUACUACCAUCCACCACUAUAUAUUUUGCUUCAGCGUAUCAAAAAUAGUCUUGGCAUCUGGAGGAUGUAUAUUUUACCCCACCUCUUUAAUUAUCAAUGUAUAAUAAUAUUCUACCCAUCUGCAAUUGGUAUGUUUAUAAUUAAGUUAAUUCCUAUAUUAUUACUACUGUACAGUAGUAUGUACUGUAAAUUGUUUCUCCUAUUUGGUUUUGUACAGUCUAGAUCAUUUUUCUAGAUUCUUAAUUUGUAUGGUUUCUGAUGUAAAACUAAACUAAACAAUACUUCCAAGUAUCCUAUUGUUAGCCUUCUUAAACCCACCUUCACUGAAGAGAUUUUCAAAAAAUGUUGCUAUAAGAGAAAUCAUUCUAUAUUUUGUGUAAAAUAUAAAACAGUGUUUGCCAUUAAGUUGUAAAUAUUAGUUAUUAAUAUUCAUGAUGUGAAUAUUCAUUAGAUGUAAACUUCCUGUCAGUUGUUUAAUGUCACUGUAAUUGUAAGUAAUUAUCCUGUACAUUUAUUUUAAGAUGAAUGCUCACAUAUUUUAAUCAAUAAGUAAUCCUGAUACAAAUAUAUUAUGACAACAAAGUUGA